CAGCAGCAGCACCAGCGCACGGUUCACGCACACUGAAAACACAUUACCCGAAAUAUUCCGCCGGUGAACCUUGAGAGCGACCAUGGCGAGUCAGGGCGACUGCUGCGUGAAGGUUGCGUUGAGGAUUCGUCCUCAGAUGGCCAAAGAGAAGAUAGAAGGCUGCCACGUGUGCACGCUGGUCACACCUGGAGAGCCUCAAGUCCUCCUGGGAAAGGACAAAGCCUUCACCUAUGACUUUGUGUUUGACAUUGACUCAGAGCAGCACUGCAUCUACCAAACCUGCGUGUACAAGCUCAUUGAGGGCUGCUUCGAGGGCUACAACGCCACCGUGUUUGCUUACGGUCAGACUGGCUCUGGGAAGACAUACACCAUGGGGACGGGUUUCGAUGUAAACCUGAGCCCACAGGAGCAGGGCAUAAUCCCGCGGGCUGUUCAUCAGCUGUUUGAGGGAAUCCAGAACAGGAGGAUGCGUGCUCAGGAGGCCGGCGCCCAGCCCCCAGAGUUUAAAGUCAGCGCCCAGUUCCUGGAGUUGUACAAUGAAGAGAUCUUGGACUUGUUUGAUGGAGCCAGAGAUCCAGAGAGUCGCAGUAGGAAGUCCAACAUAAAGAUCCAUGAGGACGCCAGUGGCAGCAUCUACACCACUGGAGUCACUUCCAGACUGGUACACUCAGAGGAGGAGCUGCUGCAGUGCCUGAAGCUCGGCGCUCUGUCCCGCACCACUGCCAGCACCCAGAUGAACGCCCAAAGCUCCCGCUCGCACGCCAUCUUCACCAUCCACCUCUGUCAGAUGCGGGUCUGUCAGCAGCAAAUGGGGAGGGAGACUGAAGAGCUGAAUGGUGUGGAAUCUGGCCCGAUCGCCCAGCCAGAGUAUGAGACACUGAUGGCCAAGUUUCACUUUGUGGACCUGGCGGGCUCUGAGAGGCUCAAACGCACAGGGGCCACAGGAGACAGAGCCCGCGAGGGAAUCUCUAUUAACUGUGGGCUGGUAACUUGCUCUGGGAAUGUGAUCAGUGCUUUGGGGGAUCAGACCAAGAAGGGUGGACACGUCCCGUACCGAGACUCCAAACUUACCCGACUGCUUCAAGACUCACUGGGAGGAAACAGUCGUACAGUCAUGAUCGCCUGUGUCAGCCCGUCAGACCGGGACUUCAUGGAGACGCUGAACACACUGAAGUAUGCCAAUCGCGCCCGAAACAUCAAGAACAAGGUGGUGGUGAACCAAGACAAGACGAGCCAGCAGAUCAGCGCCCUGCGCGCUGAGAUAGCCCGACUUCAGAUGGAACUGAUGGAGUACAAGGCGGGAAAGCGUGUAGCCUGUGAGGAUGGUUCAGAGGGCUACAGUGACCUGUACCAAGAGAACACCAUGUUGCAGAGAGAAAGUGACACCCUGCGUCUCAGGGUCAAAGCCAUGCAGGAGACCAUCGACCACCUCAACUCCCGUGUAACGCAUCUGCUGGCCAAUGAGGUCAGCACCCUGCUCGCUAAGUCAAGUGAGGGCAACGAGGAGAUCGGGACUCUAAUUCAGAACUAUAUCCGAGAGGUUGAAGAACUUAGAACCAAACUCCUUGAGAGCGAGUCCAUGAACGAGUCAUUGCGACGACAGGUGGGCCGGCUCUCCUCCCGCUCCCCGUUCCCCAACCUCCACUCUCAGCCCCGCCCCUGGUCACCCCCCUGGCUCUUCGCCUGCCCCAUGUCCAUGGAAGCGGAGAUGACGGAUGUAUUACGCCGCGCCAAGCUGGACAUCGAGAGACUGAAGAAGAAAGAGAGGAGGCAGAGGAGGAUGAGGAGCAGGGAAAACGGGCAGAAUGGAGAGAUUGAUUCAGAUGAGAAUUACACUGAGGACAUCAUGUCUCCACUGCAGGAGGAGAGCGGAUGUGAUGAAGAUGAGGGGGAGGAUGAAGAGGAGGGCAGGGAAGAAGAGGAUGAGUUUGACAGUGAUGAGAGCUUGGUGGAUUCAGACUCAGACUCGGAUGAGAAAGCCAACUUCAGGCGGGACCUGGCAGACCUGACCUGUGAGAUUGAGAUCAAACAGAAGCUGAUAGACGAGCUGGAGAACAGCCAGCGGAGGCUGCUGAUGCUAAAGCUGCAGUAUGAGGAGAAGGCUAUCCUGCUGCAAAACAAGAUCAGAGACACACAGCUGGAGAGAGAACGCGUUGUGCAGAACCUCAUGACCAUGGAAAACUACACGGAGGAGAAGGCCAAACCGGAUCAAGCAGGAGUAUGAGAAAGUCUUAAGGAGAUGAACCGUGACUUCAAGCUGCAAGCGGCACAGAAGGAGCACGCAACGCCUCCUCAAAACCAGGGGAGGUACGAACGGGGAGCUGAAGAAGCUCAGGCUGCGGUCAACGAGAUGAAGAAGGCAAGGUGGUUGCUGAUGAAGCAGAUGAAGGAGGAGCAGCAGAGGAGGAGGAGUGAGGCAAAGAGAAACCGUGAGAUCGCCCAACUAAAGAAGGAGCAGCGCCGACAAGAGUACCAGAUCCGUGCGUUGGAGUCUCAGACGCAACAGGAGCUGGUGCUGCGCAGGAAGACUCAGGAGGUGACCGCCCUGCGGCGCCUGGCUAAACCUAUGUCAGAUCGAGUGGCUGGACGAUGGCCCGCUGGAAACCAGACUCCCUCAGUUACGGACUCUGGAGCUGAAUUAUCAGCCAGCACUACAGCAAGCAGCUCCGAGCCUGAGACUGUGAGGACUGUAAGCGGGUUGGUGCGGCAGUGGAACAACAAGAACAGUGUGUACGGAUACCUAGGAGAGAGCGAGGGGGGCAUGGAUGGAACAACGGGUCAUUGGUUGAUUUAUCCAUUCAUUUUUUGGCUUUCUCUGUCCAUUACCAGCAGUAGAAAGAAGUUGCAGCGUAAGCCAGCAGGCCUGGGCAACAGUGGAGCUGCAGGCAGAGCCAGCAGUAUUUCUAAGUCUGCACGUCAGAAGUGGCAAACCCUCGAGCGCCGUAUUACAGACAUUGUCAUGCAGAGAAUGACCAUCUCAAAUGUGGAAGCUGACAUGGAUCGCCUUAUCAAGAAGCGUGAAGAGCUGACCGCCCAGCAGGAAGCGCUCUCGCAUAAGAGAGAGGUACUGAUGGCAGAUGGGGAGGGACCAGAAGCUGAGGACCGCCUCCUUCAGGAAAUUAAUGAGGAUAUUGAGGUGCUGAACGCCAAUAUAGACUACAUCAAUGACAGCCUGUCUGACUGCCAGGCCACCAUUGUACAGAUAGAGGAAACCAAGGAUGAGCUGGACUCAGUGGACACCUCAGUGGUGAUCAGUUCUUGCUCCCUGGCUGAAGCACGCCACCUGCUGGACCACUUCUUGAAGGCUUCCAUAGACAAGAGUUUACAGGUGGCUCAGAAGGAGGCUCAAAUUAGACUGUUGGAGGGCCAGCUGAGACAGACGGAUGUGAUUGGCUCGUCCCACAAUCACAUGAUCCUUGAUGCCCUGCGAGAAAAGGCAGAGUGCAUUCCUGAGCUCCAGGCUCUCAUCCACAACGUGCAGCAGGAAAACGGUUACGCCAGCACAGAUGAGGAGCCCUCUGAGUUUAGCCAAGCCUCCGACAGCAGCGUAUCGCAGCUGAAAGAAUCCAACAGCCAAGAUGAUUUCAAAGUAAAAUUACAGCAGAUGGAGCCUCGUCUCUCAGCUCAAAUGAAGGCAGUGUCGGCAGAGUACCUCGGUCCCAUCCUGGACCCCUCAUCCGGCAGCAAACAGCAGUACAUCACCAAGUCUCUGGCUUCACUGACGGACAUCCAGGAGGAUCUGAGUCUUGCUCCAGGGAACCUUGGGCUCAGCUUGGCAUUAAGAGACUCCUACCACAGAGAUCGGGUAUCCCGCACCAUCAGCUUGCCUUUCAGGGGUCACACCAUUGUAAGCAGUCUCCGGGGUUAUGAUACUUCCCCUUUAACCAGAAGGAAAUCUUACGACCGUGCAUACAGGUACAUAUGGCUACACUACCACCCUCCUCCCCCUCCUCUGCGGACCAGGAACGACCGCAACGUGUUCUCGAGGCUCACCAGCAACCAAACUCAAGGUUCUGCUCUGGACAAGUCAGAUGACAGCGACUCCUCGCUCUCCGAGGUGCUCAGGGGUGUGAUCAAUCCCAUCGGGGGUGUGAAGGGGGGUCGAACUGCACCCCUGCAAUGUGUUUCGGUAGCCGAGGGCCACUCAAAGCCAGUACUGAGUGUGGAUGCCACAGAUGAGCUGCUGUUCACUGGAUCUAAAGAUCGUACCUGUAAGAUGUGGAACCUGGUAACAGGUCAGGAGAUCGUCACCCUCAAAGGCCACCCCAACAAUGUAGUGUCUGUCAAAUACUGUCCCUCCUCCUGCCUGGUGUUCUCCGUGUCCACCUCCUACAUCAAGGUGUGGGACAUCCGCGACUCUGCCAAGUGUGUCCGAACCCUCACCUCUUCGGGGCAGGUGGUUUCAGGUGAUGCGUGCGCCGGCACCACCACCCGCACAAUUACCUUUGCUCAGGGCGAGUGUCAGAUUAACCAGAUAGCUCUCAACCCAUCUGGAUCAGUACUCUACGCUGCUGCUGGAAACACUGUUCGCAUGUGGGACCUCAACAGGAUGCAAGCAAUGGGGAAGCUGACAGGCCACAUUGGCUCUGUCAUGUGUCUCACAGUGGGGCAGUCUCUGCUGGGCAAAGAUCAAGUAAUCACUGGCUCCAAAGACCAUUACGUCAAGGUGUUUGAUGUGGCAGAGGGAACUCUGGGGAACGUAGGUCCAGCUCAUAACUUUGAGCCUCCACAUUAUGAUGGCAUUGAAUGUUUGGCGGUGCAGGGAGACGUGCUGUUCAGUGGGUCGAGAGACAACGGCAUCAAGAAAUGGGAACUGGAGCAGCAGGAGCUCACACAGCAAAUCCCAAAUGCCCACAAGGACUGGGUGUGCGCUCUUGCAUACGUACCGGGCCGGCCCAUGCUGCUGAGCGGCUGCCGGGGCGGCAUGCUGAAGGUGUGGAACGUCGACAACUUCACUCCCAUAGGAGAGAUCAGAGGUCAUGACAGCCCCAUUAAUGCCAUAUGUACCAACUCAAGACAGAUCUUCACUGCUUCCAGUGACUGCAGAGUGAAGUUGUGGAACUAUGUGCCAGGCUUGACCCCAUGUCUUCCUCGGCGGGUCCUGGCCAUCAAGGGCCGAGCCACCAGCCUCCCAUGAUUGCCUGUUCUCUGCUCACCAAUCCUCC